GACCCCAUCACCAAUGCCGUGGUGCUGAGCCACAGCGCCGUCUGGGGCUCCAACGUAACGGGCAGGGAUCUCGAACUGACGGCUGUGCACGAGAUCAGGCACUGGUUCGGGAUCAAUCACACGUUUUUGAGUGGCUGUGUGGGACUCAGCGACGGUAUUGUGGAUACACCCGUCGAGGAUGUAGCGAAUUUGACGAGUUGGGGCUGUGCGGCGAGGGAUACGUGUCCGGACCAGCUGGGGCUGGAUCCGGUGCGUAAUUAUAUGGGGUAUACUUAUGAUGCUUGUAAGACUGAGUUCUCGCCUGGACAGGUGGAGAGGAUGCGUGCGAUCUUUGAGAUCUUGAGGAUGCCGAAGGUGCCUUGA